AGGAGGUUUUCGGUUUAACACACUUUGGCGUUGUCGAGUCCCACAAAAGAACAGACAAGCAACCGGUGGAGAGCGGAAUUGUAACAUUGUAACAUAGUAACAAUGGAACGUCGCGACAUUUUAACGUUCGUUUUGUUUGAAGAUCCCGCUUAAGAGGACACGCCGACAUUCGAAGGAGUUCCACACACACAGCGAAUGUGGAUUGUGUUUUAAAGCAGCUGAGUGGGCAUAUUUUGGAUACGGUUAUACCGAAAGGAAACGUUGGGAAUAAUAACGACAAAAUGCGACGCCGUUUACAUUCCGACAGCAGAAGUUUGAGGGAGACUAAAUGGGAAAGUUGGUUUUAAAACGCGAAUGUCACUAGCUGUACCAAUGCGGCUCUUCAAAGCUCUUUUACGCUGGAAACGUCAUGUAGUUGUGGAUUCAUAAUGUCCGUACGUUAUAAACCGCUUCUGUGAGGAGGAGGAUGACCGUAACGCCGCGAAGAGGAUGAAUGGUUUUCACAAAGGUCAUUGCGCAUUGGGAGUUCUUCGUAUCACAUUGGCUGGGACUUGUAUGUGCCUCUGGUUAAGCUGACCCGUUGAUGGCUGUUUCUGUUGGUGAAAGCGAUCGGAUUGACUCUCCACCGGCUGAUCAGGGGGCAUCGAUCUGCUUGAUUCACCCUUUACGGCGCCUGCAGCAGGACGUGGUGGUUUUGGAUCUGUAAUUUUAAAGAUUCAGCGUUCACAUCUGGACUUGGAAUAUAGUGGAAAUCGUUCGCAGCUUGUGUCCUAUGUGCCUGGGGUUUUGCAGGCAGGGAUGCAGCUGAAUCGACCCAAGAGCGCGCAUCUCAUCAGCUCCAGUCCGCACAAUUCGUCCUCCUAUUCCAGCCAGUUCAAAAGCAUGCGCUUCUCAUACCACAUCAGCAGCGGGUUGCCCAGUCCACAGCCUGCCCUGCGCAGAACAGGCUCAUCUUCAUCCAGUCCACGGCUCCUAACCAAGAGUCUGUCCCUUGAUCCAGGCCCCUGCCUCGGAGCCCACGAGACCCCACAGCGCCUCUGCUCCGACCCCGGACCCCUGGAACCGCAGCACUGCAAUGGCACAAGUGAGAACGGCCCUCAGGACGUCCCGCCUCCACCUCCUAAAACACGGCCACCUUUACCUGGGCCAAAGCCUCAAGUGCCCCCGAAACCCCCUCAUCUACAGCAGCAGAACACUCGAAGGCCCCGCCCCCCAGACAAGCCCCUCCCACCACCACCACCAUCCCGCCCACUGCCAGCCGACCCCCGCCAAUCACGCGCCACCUUGCCGAGGGCAGAGGGAAGCUCCUCCCCCACUUGUGUCCUUUCGCUCAUCGAGAAGUUUGAGAGGGAGCAGAUAAUCGUGGUGCCAGAUAUCACUGGGGGCGUGAUGUGUACCCCUCGGGUCCCGGAUCAGCAGGGCACUCCUGGUUCACUUAGUCCUCAAACAUCAGAGUUCAUCCUGCCCUGCACAUCCCUUCAGGAACCUCUAGAGGCGCCGCUGGCUGAGGACGAGCUUGAGAAAGAAGAAAAAGAGGAGGAAGAGGAAGAAGAAGAAGAUGUAGAUGAAACUGAAGAAGAUGACAGCGAACUUGGGGCGUCCUGCUCAGAUAAGCGCCUCUCCAUGGAAUCAGGCUACGGCGCUUCAGAUAAACUGCUGGACAAUAUGGAGAUGACAGCCAACCAAUCAGAAAUCCCCUCUGACCGAUUGUCCCUCCCCCCAGCGCAGAUGGACGGGAAGUUGGCCAAUCGGGACAGCGGGAUCGACAGCAUCAGUUCUCCUUCACACAGCGAGGAACUUUGCUUUGUUGGGGAUGAGGAUCGGGUCGGUCAUGAGCGGGAGAUUUGUCCGUGUAGCCCAGGACCAGGGAUUUCAUGUAGUUAUGUGGAGGGUCCUGACGGAGAGGGGGCCGGUGGUGUGGAGGCCGGUAGAGACUCAGAGGGAGACAGUGAUCUGGAGGAGGGCAGUGGGGACGAGAGUGAGAUGAACCCCAUGGCUCUACAACCUCUGCCCAAAGCUGAACGACAAGACUCCACUGAGAUGUCGGUCCAGCAACGGGUGUUCAACAUUGCUAAUGAGCUCCUGCAUACGGAGAAGGCGUACGUGUCCAGAUUGCACCUCCUGGACCAGGUGUUCUGCGCUCAGCUGAUGGAGGAGGCUCGAGCCCGCAGCUCCUUCCCUUGUGAGAUGGUUAUGGGUAUCUUCUCCAACAUCUGCUCCAUCUACUGCUUCCACCAGCAGUUCCUGCUGCCUGCGCUGGAGAAACGUAUGGAGGAAUGGGAUCUGAACCCCCGCAUCGGGGACAUCCUGCAGAAACUGGCGCCUUUCCUGAAGAUGUACGGCGAGUAUGUGAAAAACUUUGACCAUGCGAUGGAGCUGGUAAACACCUGGAUGCAGCGCUCAUCUCAGUUCAAAACCAUCAUUCACAACAUCCAGAAAGAGGAGAUGUGUGGGAAUCUCACCCUCCAGCACCACAUGCUGGAGCCUGUGCAGCGAAUCCCUCGCUACGAGCUGCUGCUCAAAGACUACCUGCACCGGCUGCCGGAAGACGCAGACGACUUCAAAGAUGCCCAGAAGUCUCUGGAGCUGAUCGCCACUGCGGCAGAACACUCAAACGCUGCCAUCAGAAAAAUGGAGCGCAUGAGGAAGCUGUUGAAAGUGUACGAGCUGCUUGGAGGUGAGGAGGAUAUCGUUAACCCCACUAAUGAGCUGAUUAAAGAGGGACACAUCCUCAAACUGUCAGCUAAAAACGGGACGUCGCAGGAUAGAUACCUCAUUCUGUUCAAUGACAGGUUGCUGUACUGCGUCCCUAAACUAAGGCUGAUAGGACAGAAGUUUGGAGUGCGAGCGCGGAUUGAUGUGGACGGCAUGGAGCUGAAGGAGACCAGCAGCAUGAAUGUACCGCGAACAUUUCUGGUGUCCGGAAAACAGCGCUCACUAGAACUGCAAGCAAGGACGGAGGAAGAAAAGAGGGAUUGGAUUCAGGCAAUCCAGGCUACUAUACAGAGACAUGAGCAGACGCUGGAGACCUUCCGGAUGCUCAACUGCUCCUUUCGGGAGGAGGAUUUCACUCCUCCAAACUCUCCGAAUUGCUCAGAGCUUGGAAAGCGAGCGCCCACUCCGAUCCGGGAGAAAGAGGUUACGCUGUGCAUGAAGUGUCAGGAGCCGUUCAACUCCAUCACCAAACGACGGCAUCACUGCAAAGCCUGCGGACAUGUGGUGUGUGGAAAGUGUUCAGAGUUUCGUGCCCGGCUGUUGUAUGAUAAUAACCGAGCCAACCGUGUGUGUAUAGACUGUUAUACCAUGUUAGUUGGAGUGCCGCCGUCUCCUGCCAGUCUGAGCAGCAGCACACAGAGACGACGCUCCAUCCUAGAGAAGCAGGCCUCGGUGGCGGCUGAGAACAGUGUGCUGUGUAGUUUUCUGCACCACAUGGAGAAGGGAAGUGGCCGUGGAUGGCAGAAGGCAUGGUUCGUCAUCCCUGAAAAUGAACCACUGGUGCUGUAUAUCUAUGGUGCUCCACAGGAUGUCAAAGCUCAGCGUAGUCUCCCCCUCAUCGGCUUCGAGGUGUCUCUACCUGAAUCCGGCGACCGCCUGGAACGCCGCUUCGCCUUCAAAAUGAGCCAGAGUCAUCUGACGGUUUACUUCAGUGCCGACUGUGAGGAGCUGCAGCGCCGCUGGAUGGAGGUUUUAUCCAGAGCCGGCAGGGGCGAAGAGCUACAAUCCAACGGGCCCAUUUCUGAGGCCCUGGAGGAGGAGGGGGAGGAGCCAGCGCCUACAGGAGAAAGCACAUGAUUGGCUAAAAAAUAUAUAUAUAUGAUAUCAUUUUGCACACGCAAACUGUACAAAUGUGACCACAGUGACAGGAUAUAAUAGACAAACACACACACAGACACACACAUAUAGCUUCUCUCUUACACACAUCUGUAUUACUUGUCAGUUGUAAGUUGCAUGAAAUAUCUACAGGUACGUUUCUCUGUGUAUUGCUCAUCUUUGUGUGAGUGACCAGUGUUUGGAACAAUCUGACAAAAAAAGUGUGCACACUUUAAAGACAACAGUACGUGCAUUGAUUUUUUUUUGUUAGCAGUUUCUUUGUUAAAGGGACAGUUCAGCCCAAAAUUAAAGUUUACUCAUGGUUUUUACUCAUACGUCAUGUAGUUUCAAAUAUUUAAGAUAUUCUUCUGAUUUUUCUGUUGAACACAAAAUAAGAUACUUUGAAGAAUGCUGAAAACCUGUAACCAUUGACUUCCAUAGUAGAAAACCAAUUACUAUGGAAGUAAAUGGUUACCAAAAAUAUCUUCUUUUGUGCCAAACUGAAGAAAGAAACUCAUAAAAGUUCAAAACAAGUAAAAAUUUGAAAAAAUGAUACCAUCAUUUUCAUUUUUGGAUGAACUGUUCCUUUAGAUCAUCUGUUUCCUGCUUAAUAUCCAGGUGUUGGGAUGUGGUUUAGUCAAGUGAGACUGAUGGCGAGUUGUGUUUGAAGGUUUGGUCUGGUUUCAUGAGAGUCUAAAGGUAAAAACACCCUGGAACGGCAAUGGCUUUUGUUAGAUUUUAUUAGUCAGUAGAAUAUGAAUCCAGCCAAUAUUUAUGGCAAUAAUCCGCUUAGGAAGAGGAACAAAUACAGAAUUUCACAUUUCGGUUACAUUAUUAAACGUUGGCUGUUGUAGUGAACAGUGACAGCAUUGGCCACAUGAAAUGUUGUUCAGCUAUGCAAGCCUGUGUUUAUCUCAGAGACACAGAGUACAUGUGUGGUAAUCAGGAACAUAGCAGGAAUAUUUAUUAAGCGGGUUUUAAACCACUCACGACCAACAGAAAUAUGUGCUUCCUGUUGACUCCACGGUCCCUUCAGCGCAGAAAAACACUACCAAAUUGAUUCCGCCAUCUAGUGGACGCUUGUCAAAAUGUCCGCUUAUAUUUUAGGAGUGAAUGUCACGUCAGCCCCAAGUCGAGCUAAUAUAAGAAACUUUUAUUUUGCACAAGGUAAAUAAAGCUUUUUUAAGUGACCAUAUUGUUUCAGCAAAAUAAAAUAA